GCGACGCAUGUGCAAGAUAUCCUUUUCAAGGGACAAAUUCCUCAGUCUCGCAAGAGUGGUCGAUAUUCGAUAUUACGGUACCACAUGGUAACGGAGGUAAAAUGGCGUUGCCUGUUCCUUGUCUCGCUGUGAGAGGUUCCAUUGGGAUCAGUUUAGGCCAGGGCCCACCAUCAUAUGAACCAGUUAAAACAUUUCCCAAGGAUGACAGUAAAACAUGCAAGGCUAUGGUAUUUAGUCCAGAGGGAAGAUAUUUUGCAUGGGUUAAUGGAGUGGCUGUCAAGAUUUUGCACUGUAAUACAUGGAAAAUAAUUAUAGAGAUCAAGAGGCCCAAAAUUUCUGCAAUUCAGUUCUCCAGUCAAGGGACAUAUUUUAUGACAUGGGAACCUUUCAUCGCAACGGUGUCAAAUCCUCAAGGGGUACCAAAUCUUCAUAUAUGGAAAUCAGAAACUGGAGAGCUAGUGAAGAGUUUUGUACAGAAAAAACAAUCAGAUUGGGAGCCUCAAUGGUCAAGUGAUGAGAAAAUCUGUGGGAUGUUAGUUGGUGCAGAUGUCAUUCUAUAUAAGGAUGUCAACUUUGAAAAAAUUGAGCACAGAAUAAAUGUAGCCAAAGUUGCAAAAUUUAGUAUAUCACCCAGUAAUGCUCCAUAUCAUAUUCUGUGUUAUAUGCCCGGAAAAUCGGGUCAACCUUCAUUUGGUAGAUUAUUCCAGUAUCCAAAAUUUGAUUCUACACAAGCUUUAGCAAAUAAAAGUUUUUUCCAGGCGGAUAGAGUGAACGUGUAUUGGAAUAAUCAGGGGACAAAUGUUUUAUUAAUGACGAGUACAGAGGUUGAUAAAACAGGCGCAUCGUAUUAUGGAAAACAGACCUUACACUAUCUCAGUACAAAAGGAGAAACUGCUAUGGUUAUGCUUAGUAAAGAAGGUCCUAUACAUGCUGUACAGUGGUCUCCAAAAAACACUGAAUUCUGUGUAGUAUAUGGUUUUAUGCCAGCUAAAGCUACAUUAUUUAAUCUUAAAUGUGAAUCAAUAUUUGAAUUUGGUGCGCUGCAUCGAAAUAGCAUUUAUUAUAAUCCUCAGGGAAAUAUUCUAAUUUUAACUGGAUUUGGGAACCUCCGUGGUGGGAUCGAAUUAUGGGAUGUUGGCAACAGAAAAUUAAUUGCUAAAACUGAAGCUCCUGAUACCACGCUUCUUCAAUGGUCUCCAGAUGGAGAACAUUUUAUGACUGCAACUACAGCACCCAGAUUGCGAAUGGGCAAUGGAUUUAAAAUUUGGCAUUACACCGGAACAUUAUUGUAUGAGCGACCAUGGAACGAACAAGAAGAACUGUGGGAGGUAUUAUGGCAAACUUUUCCACCAGAUGCGUUUCCAGAAAAACCAAUUAGUUAUAAAGCUGUUGAAGGAAUUGCUCCUAGUCAACCACAAGCAUCGAAACAAGCAUAUCGACCACCAUCGGCGAGAGGGGAAUCUAUAACUUUCAAAUUACACGAUGACGAAGUGUUUGGAGUUAAAAAUACUGCAAAAUCUAAUCAGUCUAAGGCAAAGAAGAAAACAAAGAAAGUCAAAAAAGAUUCAGAAGCUUCGGCUUCUUCACAGUCACCGAGUACUAAUGGACAAGUUACUGCAAGUAUAAAACCUCAAAAUUUAACUGCAAAUGCUGCUGAAAGUGACGAAUUGGAAAGAAGUAAAAAGAUUAAAAAAAUUAAAAACAAAAUAGAACAGAUUUCAAAAUUGAAAGAACAAUUAGAAGCAGGGAAACAAUUAGAAAUCAAUCAACUAGACAAGAUAAAAAAAGAAGCUGACCUGAUGAAGGAACUCGAAGAACUUUCUUUAUGAUGACCAUUUCAAAUCUCAAAUGUACACGGUUAAAAAAGUCAAAAUGUUUCUCCUAAAAACGAAAGAUGAUCUCGGUCCUUCACUUACACCAUCUUACGUACUGAAGUUACGUUUGGAUGUAAAUAAAAUUUUCACUGUAUGAAAGCUAGUGGGAACAAUCUAAAUUUAAAAAAUGGAUUAGAAGUUUCCACAUCAUUGAGGUUAUUAGUAUUUAAAAAUACAAUCGUGAAUUCCAUUUGUAAGCGAUGAUAACAAAAAUAUAAUGGUCCAUCGCUAUAUUUUUCCUUCAAUGAUUAGAAAGAAAAAUCAUUUUUUUUUUUCAAUAAUUUUUUUUAUUUUAAAUAUUUCUAAAUAAUAUUAAAUAUUAGCAUUAUAAUUAUGCAUCAUCAGCCCAAUGAUGAUUAAAAUUCUCUACUAUACAGUCUCAAAGAUGUUGAACAUGAAAUGAAGAAGAAAUAUUUAAAUUAUGCAGGGUGAAUCGUAUGGCACAUCCCGUAUACGAUACAUAAUUUGAUGCAAGUGCGAAAGAAAGUAGGUAGCCUGAUUGUGAAGUUUUAUGCAUAUAAAAAUUGUUCCUGGAAACAAGUGCUACCUUUUAUCUUAUUACAUUUAUAAAUUAUUACACAUUGACUUAGUUUUCUUCUAUCGAUCUUUUCAUGAAAAUUCAGAGAAUGUUAAAGAUAAACAUAUCAUUUUGCAAUUAUCUUGUUACCACGGUAAUGGCUGUUGUACUGGUAUAUUUUGAAAAUGUUUUGUUCUUAUAUAUCACUUUUUUGUUUGUGUGCCUUGUUUAAGAUUGAGAUUUUAUAUUUUUCUUGCUAUUGAAGAUUGUAAGACUGGUCAGAUUAAACACGGUUCCCCGGCACAGUUAAUUAAAUAAAACAAAAAACAAAAAAAACGAGAAACUGCCAAAAGUUACUAUGUUGCAUAACUAGAAGACAUUUUUAAAUAAUAAAGAAAAUUUAGUUUUUUGAA